UCAUUGUUGACUGCCUUGCAUGGGCUCUCUCCUCCAUCCUCCUACGUUACCCAGCUAAUAGUUGUUCAGGUCAUUGCCCGGCCGGCCGACCACGUCUGUAUCCAAGAGCCGCCAGUCAUGUCGAAGAAGAUUGAUUUAUCCCUCUUCCGUGGUGACGAUUCUGACGAUGAGAUUGGUCUCUUACCUCUGAAGCGCAACCCAGUCGAACUUGAUCCGCUCAAGUCUCGAACUUUUGCGCACGGAGUGACGAAGAAAACGAAAAAGGAUCUUGAGAGGGAAGAAGAGGAGAGAAAGCGUGCGGAAGAGGAGGCCGCAACGCAAAGAGCUCUUGCAGAGUUCUCAAGAACAUUUGAUGGGCCAAGUACAGGACCGUCGCAGGGCCAUCCUGGAACAAGGAGUGGUGCCCGGCGUACCUUUGUACGCGCAGGGGAAAGUGCGGAUGAACGCCAGCUACGGCUGACUCCAGCUGUAGCAUCUGCACCCAUGUCUGCUUCAGCGGAUCCGCGAGUCGCUAGACCCUCCAUUGACCGCGAACGGGAACGGACUGCUGAACAGUUCCGUCUCCCCUCUCCACCUCCUGCACCGAAGCCUCGCGGGAAGCGAGCAAUGGAUGCCUUCUUGGAGGAGAUCAAGAGCAACCAGGAAGCGAGGGACGCCCGAUACGGGCGGAUGGCACAAUCUGAAGGAACAUCCGUCACAGCAUUGGCAGCGUACGACCGCGGCAGGCAAGUACUUCAAGAGACAACGAAUCUCUGCGUCAGUAACUUGCCGAGCAGCGUCCAUGAACGGGAGCUGGGCCUAUUGUUUGCGCAGAUGGGACCUGUUGCGACCAUCAAAAUCAUGUGGCCGAGGGCCGGUUCGGACACUCAGCCAACAGAUCGCUUCAAGCCUGGUCUGACAGGGUUUGUCGCGUUCAUGGCGCGCAAAGAUGCUGCCGGCGCUCUCGCCCGCUUUGAUGGAUACUCGUUGAACGGCAACCGUCUUCGAGUUACCUGGGCAAAGCCAGUGCAGUUGCCUCGCCACCCCGCGUAUGGUGAGCUCAACCAAGCCAAUGCACGCGCUCCUCGCCUAGACUCAUCCGGCUCUCGUGAUGGGCGAUCGGGACGCUCAUCUCGCGGACGAAGCCAAUCCCCGGCGGGAGAGCAACAGACGGCCAUAACUGCGGAUUUCAAGCGUCAACACUGGGUCGACCAGGUCAGCGCUGACGAGCUCAAAUUCGUCGAGGAAGUUUCCAAGAGGAUACGUGACAUCGGGCCUGGAUUGCUGGAUACGCUCAAAGACAGGGAGCAAGAUAACCCCAAGUUUCAGUUCUUGUUCGAUCAAGAGAGUGCAGUGUAUCAUGUUUUCCAGCACCUCUUGGACGCUCAAUACGAAUUCCCAGACCCUCCUCCCCCCUCUUUCAAGGAAGACGGGUAUGCUUCAGCUUACUCGUCAGAUUCAGACGAACGGGAAGAGAUUGCAUCGACCAGUAAGGUCAGCCUUGGGGUGCUCGCAAAGCGGCGUUUGGAAGCAAUGCUGCGCGUCAUGAGCGGCAAGCGAGUGGAGAUUGCUCGGGCCAUGGAGUUCUCUCUCAAGCGCGCGGAUGCUUACGAAGCGGUUACCGAAAUUAUCUGCCUCAGCCUUUGCGUGGAAGCAACGCCCAUCCCCCGCAAGAUCGCAAGGCUGCACCUUGUGUCGGAUAUCCUCCACAACUCGUCAUCCUCGCUUCCCAAUGUGUGGCGAUAUCGACAGUCGUUUGAACGCCGUCUUCCCGCCGUAUUCGAGCACUUCGCGAUCAUACACUCCCGCCUUAGGGAGUACUCGAGCACAAUGUCCGCCAACGUGUUCAUUCAGCAGGUGGACGCAGUCUUGGAUAUCUGGGAGGGAUGGAUGGUUCUCACCGCCGAGAUUCAAAACCGACUGCGCAAGCUGCUGCAUGGCGAGUGCACACUCGCCUCUCUCGCCGAACCGCAGGCUCUCAACGAGUCAGAGCCAGAGCCUAAGCCCAUCGUCAAAUCGGCAGGAUUCAAGUCGUCGUUCAAACGGGUUGAUCCGCUCGCAGCAACAGCGGCGCCUCACGUCUCGGUAGCAACAAGCGUCACGGAGGAUUUGGAUGGCGAGCCCGUCGAAGAUCUCGACGGGGAGGAGCUGGACGGAGAGCCGAUCGACUUCCAGGAUGGAGGAUCGGGUGAGCCUUUCGAGGACGUCGAUGGGGAACCUGUGGACGUUGAUGAUGUCACUACCGUAAGCAUCGGCACAGCGCUCGACGGAGAGGACGGAGAGGACGGAGAGGACAUGGAAAUCGAUAUAGACGACGAGUAGGUCAACUGCAGACUGCUUGCAGCGCAUAUAGGGCAUCAUCCGUCAUGGGAUGUAUAUAGUAUACAGCUAUGAACUACUGUGUCAUCUUCAGGUCG